GCGUCGAGGGUGGGCCUGGGCCUGCGCAUGCUGUGAUAAUUCCACGGAGAACCGCAGUCUGACGAAGUUCAGGGUCCAAAAGGUGCAGUACGGCUGCUGACAAGAGCACAGCCCAGUCAUGGUGCAAUACAUGGAUGGCCCUCUUCUUCUUUUUGACCAUUUUUUUGAGCUUUGCUUGUGACCAUGGGGAGCUGCAACUUCCACCCCACAAGGACUGUCAAAGUGGAGAUCACUGCAGAAGAAAACAGAAUCUGACAAACUGCCCAGCAGGCUUUUUCUGCCCCGAAGGAAGCAGCACGCCAGUCCCGUGUCCCCGAGGCACUUUCCGUCCCGAAGGAGCAGCACUGACACCACACAGCUGCUUGGCUUGCCCAGUGGAUUUCUUUAACCCCAUGCCUGGCCAAAAAGCAUGCCUCCCAUGCGGCUCGGAGGCAGCACAGCCCACAGAAGGGCAGGAAACAUGCAUCUGUCUUGGGAAAGGCCAGGUGUUUCAGGUUCGUGACGCCCACUGCACAUGCCCUCUGGGUUAUCAGAGCUCUGUGGGUGGCAGAAGUCAUUGUGUCAGAAGAACAUAUGAUGUCUGUCGAGAUUCAGCCUCCCGAAAUCAGGAGGGACGGUGCCUGACCAAGAAGGAAUGGACUCACUAUUGCUCAGAAAAGGUUUGUACUAUUCCCAGGGAUUAUCAAGGCUAUGACAAGGUUCUUGGCCUCUGCAUCUGUCAAACUGACCGUCUGGAUAACAUCUGUGAUUCUCAGUGUAGGAGGCAACAAAGAGAAGCCCUGCAGAUCACCUGUGCAGAGGAAAAUCCUCAGCUUUUUAUCACUUACAGAAAUGGGAGCAAGGCUGCUGUUCUCUUAGAAGAAUUAAGAACGGUUCUCCUAGGAUCAUAUUUCCCUUUAGAAAAUGUCUGCACUUCAGAACAAAGCAAAUGCUCUCAUCCAGCAUACAUCGUGAAAGCAAGUGGGAGAGGAUUUUUAGGAGUGUAUAAUCCUGACCCACAGCUGUUUCAUAACUUCAUCAUGCUGAACAAGGCUUCGUCACUUCACAAAAACAGGUCUUCCUCCCCAGCAGCUCCAGUUAAUUCUGACCAUGAAGAACCCAGAUCUUCCCCGAUAGAAAGCCUGAGACCUUCAACCUCCACAUCAAAAAUCAUAUUUAGUGGCAUCUUAAAUCCUACCACGUGCAUUAAUGCUAACAUUACCUUUGUGUUCAUUGUCUCCAAGGAGCAUUACCCAGUUUAUGAUGUGAACAACUUGUACAACACAAACACCGAAUUUGACUGGGCAGACUUUCGAAGACUUGCGGAGGAAAUAAGAGCUGCUUCCCAAACCUUCCUCUUCUUCCUUUUCCAGUUCCAGCACCCUGGUACCUAUGUGUUACAGCUGAGCAGCAAUCAGCACAAAAAAAUGUACAUUAGGGUCCUGCCACCUGGAGGACAGUGUUACGAAGAGGGGCCAUUCUUCCCCACAACUCCCAGAUAUGCUGUGCAGGUGGGCAUUGCCAGAAAGCAAGACCUCCUGCUGAAACCUGACUGGACAGCCAUUAUUGGAGUAAUCACAGGACUUCUCACAUUGCUUAUUACCUGCGUGGUGCUGACACUUCUCUGUCAGGGACUUAGCUGGUCACAGAAGGGCACUGCCUGCCCUCCAUUUCGAAGGCAGCAGCUGAAGUACAAUCUGGACAGAUAUUCCUCCAGUAUACCAACAGUCUUUCCCAUCAAGAAGUAUCACCCCUGGCUGCAGAACAAGGGUAGCAUGGAUGCUGACUCUUGCAACACUGGUGGAACAGCCUGCCCCAUGAGAAAGGGUGGCGUUUGGGAACCUGAAGAACAGAUAGACCUUGAGUUGUUUAACACCAACAUUUUCUUUGAACUUUUGCUGAGGCAGUCACAGUCAGUCACAGCCAAACUGGGCCAUUUCAAAGAAGAGGUGAAAACGUUGUAUCGCAAGCUUACAAGUGAAAUAUCUGCACUGAAAAGCCUUUGGAUCAUGACAUUAAAUAUCCCAGGAGAGGUGGAGUCUUAUGAGAGCACAACGAUGGAGAAUUACUUAAAAGCAAAACAGCAGGCAGAAGAAGAGAUGCAGCACAGGAAGCAGUUGGCUGCGGAGUAUGAGGAAGGUGUGAAGAAGCAGAUGCAGUUACUGCAGCACGAUCUGAAGUGCCAGGAAGAGCAUUAUGUCACAUUCAAUUCUGCCCUGCGAGAGGCAGCGAGGUUGGCAGAGAUGCUGACAAAUAAGAUGGCCUGUAAAAGAAGCCCAGGCGCUUGGUCCCAGCCAGACUGUGCAAGCCUGUUAGCCCAGAUAGAUGCUGCAAGCAACAGGAUGUCAAGCUUAAUAAUAACAGAGAGCCACCGCCUCAAAGCAUGGGGAGUGCUGGGUGAAGGAACAGGAGCUCACCUUCUUAACAAAGCUAAAGCCAGGAUCCUUACCAAACAGGAGCUUGUGGACCCAGAUGGCACUGCCCGAGCACCUGAUGUCGUCUCAGUGGAUCCUGUCACUGGGCUGUUAAUUCCCAGCCCGCACUGUGCCGUGCUGCUGGGCAGCCAGUGCUCUGGGCCAAUACCCAGCAACCAUUUCCUGCACCCAGGCACUGGGAAGGUGCUUCACAUAGCGGGCAACGUCGGUUAUGAUCCCAUCAGAUCUGGGCUGGUCUGUACAGUUGAUUCUGCUUCAGGUGAGCGUCAGAAGCCUGAAGUGCCCAUAUUUCCUUACAUUCCUUACCCAGUUUGUCCUGACACUGGCUUACCUGUGAAGACAAAACUUCCAGUCCUGUGUCCUGAAAACAUAUUUGGUCUUGGAGGACUCAUGGCAGAUCCAGUGACAGAAAUAGAAGUACCAGUGCUUGGGGUUACGAUCCAUCCUCACACUGGGCAAAAGCUGGCUGUUGGUGGGACAUACCUCAACCCCAUCACCAGCACCCUGACACCGCUGGAGAUCGGGGGUCCUAUGACAGAGCCAGAGGGAGGCAAGAUUGUUCUGAUCCUCGGGGUUGGUUUGGAUGGUGACACUGGAGAAGUUAUACCUCUAGGUGGGCUGACGGAUCCUUCUGGGAACCUAAUGCUUCUUGGAGAUUCCUUCAUUGAGCCUCUGAGUGGGAAACUUGCCCGAGUACAGGGAGCUCACCUGCAGCAGGACAAGGUGCUGCCCCACGGUGGCAGUUACCAAGCAGUGCUGGAAGCCGAGUGGCUGCUGUCCCAAAGCCGUGUGGUGGAUGCUCUAAAGAAGCUUAAAGCAUCAGUUUUGGAAGAUAGCUGUCUAGCAGCAGACAGAUUGGCAGUGCUAAAGGCUUCGGUAGAAGAUAUGAAGAAGUCUUUCACUGCUAGAUUUUAUCAUGCAAUGCACUGCUUGAAAAGCCUCAAGAAAAAACAAGAAAUAGCUUCAAAGGUCAAGAGUAAUGGUGGGAAUCUGGGUAUGAUCAAAUAUCCGGGCACGGAGAUGUGGAUCCCUGCAGUGUUUGGAAUGAAAAUCCCAGAUCCCGGUGGGUCCAGUUUGAUGGUGCCAAUCCUGGGCAUAGACUUUGACUGGAAUAGCAGGCAGCCUUCCCCACUCGCAGGGACCAUGGAAGAUGGAAGUGGAAAAGGCCUCGUCCCUAUCGCUAUUGGUGCCAGAACCAUAAGUCCAGUGACAGGUGAAGUGGGGCCUGUUAUCGGUGCUCAGACCCACCCCCAGACACACAACGUCAUCCCUGUUGUUCAGUCCCUCAGAGCUUUGCCAAGAGCCAUGGAUUCAGAGCUGCUGGACCUCCUAGAGAAGGAAAUAAAUUCAAGGCAAAUAUACUGGCACUGCAGAAUAAAAAAGGAAGAAGGGCUCCUGAAGGAACUGAGUUCUCUAUUUCUUCAUGUCCUUGAUGCUGCAAAGCAGGGAAAGGCACAGAAGGUAAAAUACAGGGGGGAAGUGAAUGACAUCGAGGCAAUGUGUCAUUUUCUUGAAGGGUCCUCUCUGCAAGAAGCUGAGAGAAGAGCUUCAAAGUAUUUCAGCAGCCAGCUGAGCACUGCAUUACCCUUACUAUUCAAAGCUGACAGAGAUGAAAAAGAACAGGAAAUACAGGUUCUGCUGGAGAUCAGAAAGGCACUGGAAAAGCUGAUGCAGUUUGUUAAGAAGAUACAAGAAGAAGAAAAGAGAAUAUGUGUGCAGAUUGCAGAGAGAGAGAAGCAGAGGGGAUGCAGGUCAAAUACAGAAGCAGCACCCAGUGUGAUGCUCAGACAGGUUAUAGUCGCUCUAGCCUCUGAAUUUCAGGAAUGCAUGCUGAAACAACAAGCUAACGUGGAGACUGCAUACACUAAGCUGGAACUUUUGAGGGACUUGUCAGAUAUCCAAACCCAGCAGGCAAAGAUGCUUUUCUGUGGGUCACAACGCUGUUUUGAAAACUAUGAGACAGCCAGCUACUAUGGCAGCAGUGGGAUCUCACACAGUACAGGCAAGGCCAUCGACCACAGUGUGAUGCCACUGCUCAAGUCUGUGGUUCAGAUGCUGGAGGAAGACAGCAGAAGUUACAUAUCAUCUGAGACACCUGAAACAGCAAGUUCUUCUCAGAGUAAACAAGGUGCCUUCUCCAGUCAAGAAGGAGAGCUAAUAGUAGUGGAUUCUGCAGCCCUGUCCAGGAGGGAGUUUGUCACAUAUCAGUAUGGCAUCUCCCUGCUGCAGUUUCUCAGCCUUCACAUCGAUGCUCCAGAAGUUAAGCUGUGUGUUGCCUCCAGUAUUCCUCCCUGCAGUGCUGCAGGCAAUGCCUUCAGGAACUCGUUCUUUUAUCAGACUUCAAAGAACAAACUGUUCAUCCUGAGGGAUUGUCUGGGUUCUGUGGGAAGCUUCCUCCUGCUCCUUGUGCACUGCUUUGCUCACAUUGCUGCUGCUGACUUCAGCCAAGACACCAACCCAGCCUUUCUGAGGCUUUUUUAUCAGGCACUGAAGACUUGCCUUGGUGAGAUGUUUUCUCUCAGACUCCAGCUGUCAGCAGUUCUCCAAGGUAAUAAAUCCUCUGGGAUAACUCAGAUGUUGCUGAAGGAAGAGCCGUUCUCCAAGGAAGAAAUAAGCCUGAUCUCCCAACUUUUUGAGGUGAAAGGGAAAAACUUCACAGAAAUUGAAGCCUUUGAGAAGAUAAUAAAACAGACUGAGUCCUGGUCUGGUUGAAAGCUCUUCUUUUUAUACAUACUUCAUUACAAAAUGGCAAUUAAAAGCUGCUUAUAGAUAUUGGCCCUCACACAUUUGCAGCCAUCAAUUCCCAACAAACACCCGUUUCAAAUCUAACAGCCUCAAUAGUAGCACAAGCUACCAUUUUUACCUGGAAAAAAAAGACCCUCGUAUCAGAACAAAAUUAUUUGGCCUCAUACAAAUCACAGCAUAAAAAGCAGUACUCUGAAAAAUGUAUGUAAAGAGUCUAUUAAAGGCCUUUAAAGUUAA